AAUACUUAAAGAAAAUGCUGUACACAAUUAAUGUAUAUAUUUCAAUAAGAUGUGGUAGGGACAAAUUACUUCAUACAUAUAUAACUUCUUACUUCUCAAUACAGAAAACGUAUCUUACUUGAUAACCUAAUGGUCAGUCGUUCACUGUUAUUUAAAUAGUUCUCUUCAAGUUCUCUUCAACCAGUUAAAAGUUUCAAGUUAGAAGGCAAACAAAAAUGGUUCAGGAUGGAAAGAUCAUUGCUGAAUCUGCACCUCUCACGUCAAAUAGUGCAGGACAUGAUAGAAUGUCACAUACUUUAGUGUUUUAUGUUAAUGGCAAAGAGACAUUUAGCAGUAAACGCCUGUUUAACACCGGUUUGUGCUAUGCAUGGUUUAGCGGUAACCACUGUCGAAGGUAUUGGAAAUGUUAAAACGAAACUUCAUCCGGUACAAGAACGCAUAGCAAAAGCACACGGGUCACAAUGUGGUUUUUGCACACCUGGGAUCGUGAUGUCCAUGUACGCAUUACUACGAAACACUCCUAAACCAAGCAUGAAGGAUCUCGAAAUUGCCUUUCAAGGAAAUUUAUGCAGGUGUACAGGAUAUCGGCCUAUCAUAGAAGCUUAUAAGACCUUCACGGAAGAAUGGGAAACGAUGCAAAUGAUGUCAAAAAGUAACGAAAGAUCUUUAACAAAUGGAGGAUGCCCCAUGGGAGAGAAUUGUUGUAAAAAAAUACCAAUAGCAGAACCAACGGAAGUUUUUAAUUCGGAAGAAUUUCGACCAUAUGAUCCUUCUCAAGAAAUUAUAUUUCCACCUAAGUUACAUAUUUCUAAGCAUCUAGAUGAAGAGUAUUUAAUAAUAAAGGGAAAGAACGUCACAUGGCAUAGACCAAAAACUCUUAGUGAAUUACUGCAAUUAAAAGAUCGAUAUCCAAAUGCAAAAAUUGUUGUAGGAAAUACAGAGAUAGGGGUUGAAGUUAAAUUUAAAUAUCUGUCUUAUCCAGUUCUUAUACAACCUACCUCAAUCAAAGAAAUGCAUACUAUUGAAGAAUAUCCAAAAGUAUUGAAUGUUGGUGCUAGUACCACACUUGUUGAGAUGGAGAAAGCUUUACAAAAUCAAAUUACCACAAAACCUGGCUGUUGGUGGAAACAUAAUGACAGGAAGUCCGAUAUCAGAUCUAAAUCCAAUAUUUAUGGCAGCUGGAGUAAAACUGAAUGUUUCAAGUUUGAAGAACGGAGUCAGGCUUAUUCCAAUGGAUCAUACUUUCUUUAAGGGUUAUCGACAAAAUGUUGUUUCACUAGAAGAGAUUUUAGUUUCAAUUCAAAUACCGUUUUCCGAAAAAAAUCAAUACUUUAUUGCCUAUAAGCAAGCAAGAAGACGAGAUGAUGAUAUCGCUAUUGUUAAUAUGGCAUUAAAUGUAUUCUUUGAACCAGAAAGUAACGUCGUUAGUAAAGCAUAUUUAGCUUUUGGUGGAAUGGCUCCAACAACGAUUUUAGCUAGGAAAACUUGUGAUAUUAUGAUUCGAAGGAAAUGGGACACAGAUCUUCUAGAAAAUGUUUAUGAUUCAUUACUGAAUGAAUUGCCUUUACCAGAUAGUGUUCCAGGUGGAAUGGUCAAAUAUCGUAAAUCUUUAACUCUAAGCCUAUUCUUUAAAGGAUUUUUACACAUAGCUAAAAAACUUCAAGUAUGUUUGCCAAAAGAAAUCGAAAGUGCUGCAGAAGGAUUUCACACUAAAGAACCAAAGAGUUCCCAAUAUUAUCAAAUGGUUCCAAAAGAUCAAGAGCCAAACGAUUUAGUUGGAAGGCCAAUUGUUCAUGCCAGCGCAUUUAAACAGGCAACAGGAGAAGCGAUAUACUGCGAUGACAUGCCAAAAUUCUCUGAUGAGCUUUAUUUAGCUGCGGUUUUGUCUACUAGAGCUCAUGCAAAAAUUUUGAAAAUUGAUGCAACUAAAGCACUAUCGUUAGAAGGAGUAGUUGCCUUUUAUAGUGCUAAAGAUUUACCUGAAGAGCAACAAUUCUAUGGUCCUAUAUUUCAUGAUGACCGAGUCUUCAUGUUAGAUAUAGUGACAAGUCAUGGUCAAAUAAUUGGAGCAAUCGUAGCUAUUAAUCAAGCUAUUGCACAAAAGGCAGUCAGAAUGGUUGAAAUCGAAUAUGAAGACUUACAACCAAUAAUCAUUUCUAUAGAGGACGCUAUUAAACAUCGUUCCUUUUUCGAACAAACACCAAAACAUAUAAAAAAAGGAGACAUAGAAAAGGCAUUUGCUGAAUCAAAACAUAUUCUCGAAGGAGAAGCUAGAAUGGGAGGACAAGAACAUUUUUAUCUUGAAACAAACGCAACCUUAGUGAUUCCGAGAGAAGAAGACGAAUUGGAAGUGUAUAGUUCGACUCAACAUCCUUCAGAGACUCAGAAACUCAUUUCAGAAGUUCUAAAUAUUCGUGCUAAUAAGAUUGUGGUUAAAGUGAAAAGAUUAGGUGGUGGUUUUGGUGGGAAGGAAUCUCGUACUGCUAUACUUGCUUUGCCAGUUGCUUUAGCUGCAUACAAAUUAAAGAAGCCAGUGCGCUGCAUGUUUGAUAGAGAUGAAGAUAUUAUGGCAACUGGAACAAGACACCCGUUUUUAUUAAAAUAUAAAGUCGGAUUUGAUGAUAAUGGCGCAAUUAAAGGAGCACAAGUUUAUAUCUACAACAAUGCCGGUUAUUCUCGCGAUCUUUCUUCCGCAGUUCUAGAACGUGCAAUGUUUCACUUCGAAAAUUCUUAUAAAAUACCAGUGGUCGAUGUAUAUGGUUUUAUGUGCAAAACUAAUAUACCGUCCAAUACGGCGUUCCGCGGUUUUGGAGGUCCACAAGGAAUGUUUGUGGCUGAAACAAUGAUAAGACAUAUUGCAGAAUAUUUAAAUAAAGAUCCUAUUGAGGUGCAAGAAUUGAAUUUAUAUAAAGAGGGUGAUACCACUCAUUAUAAUCAAAAGCUUAUUAAUUGUACGUUACGACAUUGCUGGGAAGAAUGUUUUUUAUCUUCAAAUUAUAAUGAACGGCUUGCACAAAUUCAAAAGUACAACAGAGAAAAUAGAUACAAGAAAAAGGGAUUGGCAGUAGUUCCAACGAAAUUUGGUAUUUCUUUCACUGUACUGUUUUUGAAUCAGGCAGGGGCACUUAUACAUGUUUAUACGGACGGUUCUGUAUUAAUUAGCCAUGGCGGCGUUGAAAUGGGACAAGGUUUACAUACAAAAAUGAUACAAGUAGCAAGCAGAUCAUUAAAAAUAAAACCAGAUAAAAUACACAUAAUAGAAACCGCUACUGAUAAAGUACCAAAUACAUCUACGACAGCAGCUAGCGCUGCUUCAGAUUUGAAUGGUAUGGCUGUUAUGAAUGCCUGUAACGAAAUUAUGAAACGAUUAAAGCCAGUGAUAGAUAAGAAACCAGAUGGAACAUGGGAAGAGUGGAUAAAAAUGGCUUAUUUAGAAAGAAUCAGCCUUUCUGCUACCGGAUUCUAUAAAACUCCUGAUAUCGGAUACUCAUUUGAAACUAACACGGGAAAUCCAUUCAAUUAUUUCACAUAUGGAGUUGCAUGUUCUGAAGUAGAAAUUGACUGUUUAACUGGAGAUCAUCAAGUAUUGCAAACUGAUAUUGUAAUGGACCUAGGUGAAAGUUUAAAUCCUGCAAUUGACAUAGGACAAAUAGAAGGAGCUUUUGUUCAAGGAUAUGGUUUAUUUACACUAGAAGAAUUGGUAUAUUUGAGAAAUGGAGCUCUUGCUACGAGAGGUCCAGGUGCAUAUAAGCUACCUGGUUUUACAGAUAUUCCCGAAACAUUUAAUGUGUCCUUAUUAAAAGGAGCCUCAAAUCCCCGAGCUGUUUAUUCAUCUAAGGCUGUAGGAGAACCACCGCUAUUUCUAGCAUCUUCUGUGUUCUUUGCAAUGAGAGAAGCUAUUAAAUCUGCGCGUCAAGAAUAUGGUCUGAAAAGUUAUUUCCAAUUAGAUUCACCUGCAACUGCUGCCCGUAUUCGAUUGGCAUGUGUUGAUGAACUUACUGAGAAAAUUGCAGAACCAGAUAUACAACGUCAGUGGAAUAUUGUUGCAUAAAAGUUUAUAUAACGAACUAAGGAAUAAGUACUAUCAUUUUUCCAUAUAUUAAUAUAUUCUAAAUGUACAAAUAGUUAUUUUUAAAAACUAGUCUUAUUCAUUUUAAAUUCACUAAAAUUGCUUUUUGUAGGCAAUUUUUUUUUUUAAAUUUUGGAAUAUUAUUAAAAGCCUAAGAAAUGUAUUCUAGUUGUAUAAAAAUAUGAUUGAAGUCCAAUAAGCUUAAUAUUUAAUAUUAUCAAAUAUCUAUUAAUAUUCUGUAAUACAAUCAAUUUGCAAAAAUUGUAAUUUUAAAUGUACGUUGUUAGAAUUUCAGAUAUUUUAUACUAAUCAAAUGUUGAGGUUUUUUAUCAAUUGAACAAAAUUGCUCAAUUGGCAAAAUAUGCGAUGCGCAAACCAUGUUAAGACUUGAUUGUAAUAGCAUUAUUUAAGGAUGUAUACGGAUAAAUGUUAAAUAAAUUAAAUUAAUUUAUCAUUAACUACAAUUUGAUGAUUGACGUUAUAUUAACAUUAGAAAUAUACAGUUUCACUUCUAACCAAUAUUAGUGAUUGAAUUGAAUAUAUGUAAUAACUUUUUUAAACACUGCCCAUUAUAAAUCGUAGAUAUAUUUAAUAAAACAAAAAUAAAUAUAAAAGCUAUUAAUAAAAUAUAAAGCUUAUUGUGUUCUUUAUCUGAUAAUUUCUGGAUGAUGCUUCUUACUAUGCUUCCCGCCAAAAAUAUAUGAGAAUAUGUUAUAUGAGUGCAUCCCAAUCGAUAGAUCGAUAAUGUGAAAAAUUAUAUCGAUUGCUCAACGAUGUCGCAGCACAGAUGAGCUAGUCUGUGACUCCGGUUUUUUCGAGAUCGGUAUUUCAGAAUGUGAAACACGAAAUUCAAUAUAGUGUUAUGUCUAUCUUGUUCUUAGUUCAUGGUCGAACUGUGAAUCGUGGAAGUCGACGGUCGGCAUAGUAGAGAAGCAUAUCGAUACAUAUAUACGCGGCGCCAAAUGCAUAUGAAUUAAAUUAAUAUUUGCGUAUUAUAAAAAUAUAUUAUUAUAUACGAGAUGUAACAAUUUUAAAUGAUAAAUAAUAUACUUAAUUGAAUAACUGAUAAAUAAUAUACUAUAUCAAAAUCGUCUCUGAUAAAAUAUAAAUAUAAAAUAUAAA